AUGUCUUCCCCUUCGCGACAGGUUAUAGACCCUUUAAUCUACACAUAUCCCGAAAAUGAGGAAACAGGGAAGGGCAAACCAUCGGCAGCAUCAACAGCUUUGCCUCCUGCUUCGAAGAUUCUAAAUGCAUCCUCCUCGGCGCAACAGAACACCGCAAUCACAGGCUGGACGCCUCUUAUAACUAGAACAUUGUCUAAUGAAGUCGUUUCUUACAACUCAACACCAAGUUCCAAAAUGUUUCCCGGUAUAUCAAAGUCCUCAGCUGCAUUGGCUAAUGGAGGAGGCAGUACCGUCAUCAAUUCCGAGUAUGACUAUCCGAGUUUGAACUUAACCCCAUUCUUGACUCAUAACUUGAAUCUUUUAAACAAUCCGAACAGUGCUGGCAACUUGUCGAACAACAUCAACUUCACCCCAUUCUACGAUAAAUCUCUCCACUUGAAUGACUUUUUCAUGGAUUCUCCGAUAAGACAGACCCCGCUGAAGGUAGAAACUAUUACGCCUUCGAAGUUUCUCAUAUCUACCGAUCCGAAAUCUUCAACAAAGAACAUCAAGGCUAAACUUCAAGCAGAGCAAACACAUAAACGAUCAAUAACACUGCUUGAAACUCCUGCUAGGCAGCCAUUCAAAAAGUACAAUAUGAGCUUCAAGCAGGAGGAUGCUGAGUUUGAUGGCGACGAAGAGUAUGAGAAUAGAAAUGCUAAAAAGUAUGACGACGAAGGAUUUGUAACACCUUCAAAAAAGAACAUUUUGCAUGACAUAUCUGCGAGUAUGAUAAACAAAACUCCAUUGAAAUCAACCCCAUUGAAUAAUAACAAAGGUCCUUAUCAAACUCCAGGAAAAGUCCCUAACUCAUCUCCUUCUACUGUCAUCAUGUCAAGUGCUACAAAGUCUCCCGAGCAAGAGGGGAAAGAUCGCCUUGUACCCAUGAGUCCCACCCCAAACAAAGACAAAAUUGAAGUCACUGAACCGGUGAUGGGUAUCUUCUCUGAACGAAAAGGCGCUGUUAAGGCUCUGGAUUUGAAACCCUCAAACAAGAAGUCACAGAAGAAACCGAAUGGAAUGAAUAGAUUUCAGAUUGUAUUCACAGAUGUGCAUACGCUUAUGAACACGAAGAAGAAAAAGAGUGCUGGCAAUACUUUGAAACCAGAUAAAGCUGACAAGAAGCUGGAUAAGAAAAAGGUACCAACUAAGGCUGAAAAUAUGAAAAAUUAUUCACCUGGUCCACAGUAUUCCAAAGUGGCUUUAUCGGACUCAAGAGCGCAGCAAAAUCUUUCAUCUUUUCAUCAUACGUCCUCAAAUCUUUCAGCAUCUCAAGACUUCAACUCCACCAUGAAUACUUCCAAGGAGUUCAGCAUCAUUGCGAACAACUCAACUGUCAACACAACAGCUAAUAAUCUUAACUCUUCAUCGGACCAGCACUCGUUUGAUCUUAUGCAUGGCGGAAUGAUUUCAACUCCUAACGGGAAAUUUUUGUUGGAAAACCUGUUUGAUGAGCAGUCGCCUCAAAUUAUGCGCCAUUGUACACUUGGUAACAUGUACCUGAAGUCUAAUGAUGCGCAGAAUCAGAUGCUUCCCCCAAAGAGUCAGAAUAAUGUCUCGCUUCAUCAUCAACAACAGUAUCUUCAACUUCAGCAAGAACACGAACAUCUGCAUCAUUCAACAAACCAGCGACAAUUACAGCAGCAACAAUACCAACAGGAACAGUCCCAACAUCAAAAUCAACAACAUCAUCAACAACAACAACAACACCAUCAUCAUCAACAACAUCGUCAACAACACCAUCAACAACUUCACGACCCGCAGUUUCGUCAGCUUUCCUCUCAGGGCGUCCAAAAUCUGUCCAUGACCGGCUUUAUAAUGAGUACCCCAUGA